AUGGAACUUUCUUGUCUACUAUAUGGUGGAAAUCCAGAAGUACACAUGGCAAAUUUUCUUCGCAAGAUUGCAAUCAUGGCAGAAUCUGGUUCCACUUUAGAACAAAUGGAAUUUUUUAUUCUGAAUAGCCUGAAGCUUCAUGGGUUCCCCACAAAUGAUGAGACAAAUUCCAUUGAGUUUAGGAAAAAAACUGGGAUCAACUCGUAUUGGACGCCUAUUGGUUGGAAAACUGCACCUUGUUUUAAAUUUGCCUAUGAAAAUCAGUCGCAGACACAAGCAACCUGGAGCCCGCUAGAUGCAAGUUCACUAGAAGCGGAAGCUCCAGGAUAUCUAUCUGACCCUCAGGCAUUGUUGACAGGCAGAAUAGGAGAACUGGUAGCUUUCAAAUACUUUGUGGGAAAAGCUGGUAAGACUUCGGUGAAGUGGGUUAACGAGGUUGACAAGACUGGCCUGCCGGAUGACAUAGUCAUAGGAGGUGAAGAGGAGAGUAAAGAAUACAUAGAAGUUAAAUCAACCAAAUCCACUACAGACUGGUUUGCUAUAUCAGUAAAAGAGUAG